CCUCCUCCCUCCCUGUGCUGCCUCUUCUAUAAUGGACUGCGGGAUAUGCACCGAUGGGCUGAGGGAUCCGGUAUCCACGAAGUGCGGCCAUGUCUUCUGUGAUGCAUGUAUCAACGAGGUGAUCAAGCGGGCAAGACGGGGAAAUUCUGCGAAUUGUCCAACUUGCCAGAAAGAGCUCAAAGGCCCCAACCGACCCCUCCUGAAGCUUGCCUUGGAUACUUCCCGCCACGAUGAUCUUCGUCAGACCAACGUAUCCCUCCGUAACGAGCUCAAGUUCUCCCUCCUCGAGUGCGAGCGUAUCAAGAACUACGUCGCGCAGCUCGAGCGUGAAUGCCAUCGUCUGAAGCGCAAACGCGACGAGGACGAUGCGGAUACGCAGAGCCUCAAGCGCCGCUGCACCCGCGCAGAGAGCGAUGCCGAGCGCUUCAGGCGCGCUCUGCUCGUCCAGGUCGGCGCCAUGGUCACCGCGGCAGGUAGCCUCGCUAUGCAGCACGCCCAGCAGAUGGUCGACGAUGGUGAAUUCGAGGACGAGGACCUGGAGGAGGACGAGGAAGAGGACGUCGGUUUGGUGCAGGUGCCGACGUCCGACGGCACAGCGGUAGAUGAGAAUCCGUUUGUUGACCGCUCUGUUAGCGGUUUGUUCUCGGCCAAGGGUCACUUGGACACCUCGGGAAUGAACGCGGCGGCGGAGGCGAUGAGGCAGCAGGCCCGUCGCUGGGCUGACGAGGAGUCUGUUAGCGGCGCCUAGUGGCGCUUCUGUCAGUCAACUGUUCGUGGUUAUCCGUUCGCGGCGCUAUGGGAUUCGAGGGCCCUCUGCGAGGCCAUCUAUGCUUACAUCUAAGUACGUGCGUAUUUAUACAAGUACGAUAUACCUUCCUUUCUUUUU